AAGAGACGCGCUAUCUUCUCAUCUAUCACUCUCUCAUUCCUGGCUUUUAGAUGUACUUCUGUUCACCCUUAUCCCUCAAAUAUCCAUGCAGGCACUGACAUGCAUAUUGGCCUUAGUUUACAACCAUCAGUGCGAUGAUGCGGACUCAUCAGCAUCCAACCUCAACCCCGCCCGAGGACGAGCAACCACCUCGGAAGAAAAUACGAAAGGGGACCCGCAGUUGUUGGGAAUGCAAACAUCGUAAGGUUCGCUGUCAUUUCGUUUCUGAUGGCGACCAGAGUUGUCGCGAAUGCCUGUCAAGGGGGGUUUCCUGUCGCAGCCAGGACUUACCAGAGCCCGAAAAUGCUCGCGAAUCAGAUCGUGCGUCCCUGAGUGAUCGACUUGGCCGCGUAGAGUCGCUUCUUGAGAGAGUUCUGCGACGGCUGGACACCGUCGGUGGUGUUGAGGAGGCGCGGGCGUCCAUGACGACUGAUAAUGAUCACGGCUUAACCUCUAGUGCAGCUGCCACGCCUGCAAAUGAAAACGCCCCAGUCCUGUCGCUAUUUGAUAGUGGAGUACUUGGCUUUCGACGAUCCGAGGUCUCUACGCCAAAUAUCACAUUGUUUAGUGCAACCACUCGCGACUGGGAAAGGCUACGCCAAGAGCUUCUGGGUUUGUUGCCAUCACAUAGCGCUUUGAGAAGACUUGAACAAGCCAAUAGCUGCUGGUGGCUAGUCAGGGCUCAAUGCUUCCAGGAAUACGAGGAAUCGCUACUCUCAAGCGCCGCGGCAGCCUGUUCGGACAGUCACCCAACCGCGAUCGCCAAAGUCCUUUUGUGGGCGGCAAUUUGUCUCCAGCAGCUCCCACGGGGAUCUGACAUUGAAUCAUUGGAACUUCCGUAUCCUCCCACCCGCCUGAUUGCAAACUGUGUCAAGCUUGUGGCACAUUCCAUCAGCUCUGACGAGACUUUAGUAAGUAGCCUUGAUGGGUUGGAAUGUCUAGUACUUCAAGGCGUACUUUACAACAAUGAUGGAAAACUGCGGAGCGCCUGGUUGUGCUAUCGCCGGGCGCUGAGCGUUGCUCAAAUCAUCGGGUUACAUCGCCUGGCCGCAGACUCGACGGACGAGCCUGCAUCCGUUUCCAGGGCAAAACAUAUCUGGAAUCAUAUCAUUUACGCAGACCGAUAUCUCUCUUUAAUGCUAGGAAUGUAUCAUGGCAUCACGGACGUGGCCCUGGAUUCAAAGCGAAGCGGGAACCAGACACUGAAUCCACCCCCCAUGGAGGUUCUCUGUCGCAUAGCUGGAUCCAUUAUCGAACGAAACCAGAAGUUUAGCGAAGUUACACCUUCAAUGGUUCGAACGACACAAACCAUCGAUGCGGAGCUUAUGUCCGUUGACCCUCCAUUGGUGGUUGAGGGCCCAAUUGUCUUAUCGCCAGGAAAAUCCAUCGAGCGAGCUCAAGCCUACACCACACUCAUGACGCAGUUGUGGCAUUAUCAACUCAUCGCCUGGCUCCAUCUGCCACUGCUGUUGGAAUCUGGCACUGAGAGACGCUAUGACUACAGCCGGCAAAGCUGUCUAGAGGCAUCCCGGCAUAUGAUUACAUGCUAUACAUCGAUCCGUCGCCUCACUGCGCAUAGCUUUUGUUGCAAAUCGCUGGACUUCCAGGCAUUUACUGCCGCUGUCACUCUCCUGAUCAAUAUCCUCGGACCGACCGGUCGAUCUCACCCUGACUCCAAUGACUGGCCUGCCAUCGAAACCGUAAUGACAACCCUGGAGACACUGGCACAGGGACAGCCACCCGACAAGGUAGCAACUCGUGGUCUUAGCGUUCUGCGGACUUUGAAAAGGGUUGCGACGAGAAGCAACGCAACCCAGUCUGAUCUCUCCGAGGGACUUCCUCCCGUGGACGGCCAAUCUGGACGCAUCAAAGUUGACAUUCCAUACUUUGGCACCAUUUCCCUUGACUAUAGUACUCGCAGCAAUCUCCCAGGGCAACAACCGCUUAAUAGCGGUCCACCAAAGCAUAUCGGUACAGACCUGGCUUCCGAUAGUGCGCUCUCCUCAAACGCCGGAAAUACUACCGAGGCAAGCACUGUGCAUGAUCAGGCUAUGAAUGUGGGGCCCUGGCCAGAAGCUUGCCUGGAACUUGGCCCUGCCGAUAUAUGGUCAUUUGAUCCGGAUUUAACAGUGUUGCCCUCCUUCUUGCCCGAUUUGGAAGACACCUGGGACUUGGGGCUUUGAAUAGGAUCCGGGUGACUUGCACCGUGCAAGGGAGUAGGCAUCUACAAAUGUACUUUAAGAAGCGCUUCGGCAUUUUGCGACCAUAGAAGGACUAGCAAUAUCUACCAUUUGCCGGGUAUUUACAUUAUAUCAGCAUACUCGAUGUAAGUUGAGCUAGAUAGAGCGGAAUUGAUAUUGGGUAUGAUCG